AUGGAGGACCAGCCACCACCAGAGCCAGGGCCAGGGCCCAUGGAGGCCGCCGGGAUUCCUGCCCCACUGAGAGCCUCUCCACCUGGGCUACCAACGGAGCCUGAGCCCCCCUCAGCGCCAGAUCCAACUCCAGCUCCAGCUCCAGCUCCAGCCCUGGGUCCACAACCGGCCCAGGUUCCAGCUGGGUGCUGCAGUCACAACGGUCUCAUCAACACCCACAGCUUGGACGUGCAGCAGACCAAAGAUCAAGUGGAGGGUGGGGUGGCGUCGGUGUACUCGGCCCCCCAGUACCAGGGCUACGUUGUGGGGCAGAACCUGCCCCCCCAUCAGCAGCAGCAGCAGCAGCAGGGCCCCUGUGAUGGGGGACACCCUCCUCAGCUGCUGAACCCUGGAGCCCUGACCCAGGGGUUGGGCAUGGACCCGCGCUACCGGCCCAGCCCCAUCAUCGUGUGCUCGGACGGCGUGCUGCGUGCCUGGGGGGAGGUGGGCGUGGGGAUGGGGAUGGUUGGGGACUGCUGCGAGACCACCUUCAUCGAGGACCUGUCGCCUGCCUCCGCUGCCACUGCUGCCACGGUAACCAAGGACGGGCUGGUGUUCACCGACGGGCGCUUCCUGGACCUGGCGAUGGAGGAGGCCAAGAUCCAGACGCUGUCCUACGACAUCGAGGACGACGACGACUUCCAGGAGCUGGAGAGUGAGUACUCGAGUGAGUCUGAGAGUGAGGACAACUUCCUGAUGAUGCCUCCCCGUGACCACCUGGGCCUCAGCGUCUUCUCCAUGCUCUGCUGCUUCUGGCCCCUGGGGAUAGCCGCAUUCUACCUGUCACACCAGACAACCAAGGCGGUAACCAAGGGUGAUUUCCACUUGGCCAGCUCCUCCUCCAGACGGGCUCUCUUCCUGGCUGUGCUGUCCGUUACCAUAGGGACCGGCAUCUAUGUGGGCGUGGCCGUGGCCCUCAUCGCAUACCUCUCCAAAAACAACCACUUGUAGCCUUUGCUAAGGCCCCAAGACCCACCGCCAAGGCUGCCCUCCACCAAUGGACACAUUUGAUUGCCGGGCUAUGCCUUUCAAGACCCUCCCACCUAAGGGUGCUCUCCACCAAUGGGCAUGCUCAUGCCGGGCUAAUUAUGCCACCCUCCACCAACGGACAUGCUGAACUUGGAAGAGGGGCGGGACUUCCGAGAAAGAUCUGAAACUUG